ACGUUGUCACGGUAACCGAAACGCCGCAGGUGACACCAAGCAAAUGCAGCAGGAAGGAACGGAGGGCGAGGAACCGCUUUGCAACGCGAAGAAAGUCCAAUCCGCCGGACCCAGCCUGUUCGAGAAGAUGUUUGACGGCGGGCCGGAGGAUCAGCCGUCUACAUGCAGAAACACAAGGACACAACAUCUGUGUGUUGAGGAGGACACCGCAUGCAGCAGCAAUAACAGGUCUUGUCUCACCUUUAGCAGGGUGCAUCCGUUGCAUUAUAAACCUGAGGAAGAUAUUGAUGAAGUCACCAGACUUCCUGACUCUGUGGUGGUUCAGUGUCCAUCUUCUAACAUCGUUGAUCGAAAUAGGAAGAAAAACUCUGGAAAACACGAAGCGGCGUUGGAACAGAUGGAGACGCAGCUGAGCCAGCUCUCCCAGGAGUGUGAAAUCCAGGUGACAAACGUCUGUAAGCAAACGUUGUCCUCUUUGGAGGGGGUGGACCUCAGACUGGACAUCCUAAAGGACAGAAUGGAAAAGCUGAAAGACCUCAGUUUGAAGGAGGUUAACGCUCUCUGGGACAAAGUAGAAGAAGAGGUGACGAUAAAGAAGACCAUGAUCUCAGAGCUGAACCUCAGACUGAGAGAGGUUGAAAAACGACGCAGCAAAGAGAUCCAAGCUAUUCUCAGACUUCACUGCCACAUGGUAGAGAGGAUCGGCUUCCUGACGCCUCCCGCUGUGCACAGACUGUUUCAUGCUGAAGCCACGGAAUUAAACAUCGCCUUGAUAGCUAACCGUCGCUGUGCUGCUCGUGUUGAACUUGACCUAAAGAAGCAGACUCUGCAGCAAGAAUCUCUACUCCAUCAGCAGUGGGAGGCCACUCUGACCUCCUGGAAGAGAAGCAAGGAGAAAGAAAUUGUAGACCAAUUCAGGAAUUUUUGCCGUCGAGAUGAGAGCCAACCGCUGGUCCCAGAUCAGCAGAUGAAACAAACCCAACGAGCUUUAACAGAACAACGCUGUGCCAUCAUCUGCAAGAUCCGCUCUUUGGUCCCCCCUACCUGCUCCUCAGCUUUGGUUUCAGAUUGGUUCAAGCAACUGACAUCUUUGAAUUCACAGUUAGAUCAUCUUCACUCAGACUUCCUGAAUCACUAUCGUUGUUCUAAAGAACAGUUAUGGGACAAUCUGCUGGCAGAAGUGGAGCGCUGCAAGGAGGUGUUCUCAGCCCUGCAGUUAUCAGAGGAGCAAGUGAAUGACAUUGUGACUUCUCAGCUGCUCCCUCUGAUCAGACAGCGCCAGAGUCAGGAUGAAGAGCGACUGUCUGCUCUAGAAGCGUGCUAUGACGCCGUGGCCCAGCAUGCGCUCAGACUAAGCGGGUAUGCGUUGGCUGUUGUGAAAGCUGCGGUCUUACAUUGGGAGGAACAUGUUAUCAGAUCAGAGAGGAUAAAAGAGAAGCUGGAGCAACACCUGGAUGACCUCAAAUGUUCUCUGCAACAGCGCACAGAGACAAAGAAGGAAAACUUGGACAACCUGCUCCAGAGACUUCGGCAGGCAAGCAGCGAGGACGAUAUGAAAUCCCUUCUUGAGAAAAGUGAAAAGUUCCUGCAAGAUAUCGAGCACAGCUGCACAGAGUGUGUCUCUGAACAGUGGGAGGUUAUCAGUCGUCUUCCUGCUCUCCUCAUGGAGGAACUGACCUCCUACAGUAAAAGCCUCAGCUCCCUCUUCCAUCUCACCCAAGCAUACCAACCGGAUUUGGAAGAAUUGCAGAAGCUCCACCUGUCAUCCUCUAGCAGUGCCAGGCUGAUGUCAGGUUCGCCUGUCUGCCAGUCAAAGACCCAACUGGAUGGCUUAACAAAGACACAACUUCAGAGCAAUGCAGACACAACUCACAACUCUCUCAACUGUUUGACCGAGAUGGAGUCUUCUCUGCUGGAAAUCUGUGAUAUUCAUCUCUACGCCAGCUUUACGUCAACAAGAGGUGUGACCUAUGCUGGUCCUACAUUCAGAUGUUUUGCCCCCAACCUGCCCAACAAUCUGCAUCAGGACACUCACCUGAGAGCUCUACCUGCGGAGCUACUCACAGACACGCUGACCAGGUUCCGAACUCUGUUUCUGGACCACCUGGAGCUACAUUUCAGUGAAGUAUUAAGUUCAGCUGUUGCGAUGGUAUCAGAGAGGAAGGACGCCGUCCGCCUUGAGCUGGAGCUCCAGCUGCUGCAGCUGAACCCAGAGCACAUCCAGACCCACAUAUGCCAGCCUCGCCUGGCUGAACUGCAGCUCCACCGGGAGAUUGUGGACAACUUCUGUGAGGAAAUGUUGAAAGUGUUUGCCUCCUGCAGGAUGGAGCUGCAAAAGCUACAGAGCACUAUCAGCAAGAAGAAUGAAGAGUUCACGGCUACCCUGUCCAAUACCGAAUCCAGUAUCCAGAUGGUCUGCAGCAGCCGAAGUCUGGAGGCCAUAGUUUUAGACUUCCAAGACAGUUUGCAUCGACAUACUGAAGAAAGGAAACACCAUCAGACUGUCUUCAGGCAAACACUUUCUAUGAGACUGGAAAAGUCCAGAAGUAAAGCGUCUAAACUUCUGAACUCCAUGAGGGUGUUCAGUGAAGGAGGAGAUUUUGCUCCUGAGGAGCUGAAGACGAUUCAGAUGAGAAUGAAGAAGGAAACCAAGAUGAUCAGGCUGACUGAGAAGUCCAUUCUCACAGAGCUGGAAUCUUUUGAGUCCAGGAAUUUCCAGCAGAUAAAGGAAUUGUCAACUCCCUUGCAAGAGAAACUCUCCUCCUUGACGUCUGAAGUGAAAUUUGCAGAAAGGGUCAGGAAAAUUCUCAGCAGCGCUCAACUUCAGAUCCAAACAGAGGCAGCUGGCAGCAACCUGCAGCAGACUUCAAUCAACAGCAGCUUGGAAAAGCUUAGAUCAUUGGAAAAGAGCCCAAAGGAGUCUCCAGAGGACGUUUGUUCUUUGCUGUCAUCAGUCGAAGACGAAGUCAAGAAGCGCUGUCUGUAUCUGGAUUUCAACGUGGGAAUGCUGGACCUGAUGGGUCGUCCAAAAUCCUUAAAGCCGGUUCAGCCCAUCUUAUCUUUUCAACAUCUGAACAGCCCAAGUGGGGAGCGUCUCCAAGACCCCGUAUUUGGAAUCAUCAAGUUCCUGAACAGCAGUUUGAGUCGACAGGAUUCUGCAGGUGAAGACCAGCUGCGAGGAAGAGGAGCAGCAGCUGGUCAAAAUCCCAUUCAUCAUCAAAAACUAACAGCAGUGAAUGUCAGACCAGUCAGUAAAAGCUCCAGAUCAAUCAGGAAUAUUAAAAGAUUCCAGAUUUUUGGAUCCAAGCUGGAAGAGGAGCAAAGCAUAUCAUCCUUCCCAUCUGUGCUGCAGGCUGUGCUGUGGAAAACAAAUGAGCUUCUCAUACAGGGUGCAGCGGACUUCUACAGCAGUAAGUCUGGCAGCAGUGUCCUUCUUCUUCCUGACUCUUUGGACAAGGGGGCUGAAAACAUGAUGCAGUUGCUGCUGGAAUACCAGAAACAAGCCAACAGUUUUUUAAGCAAGAGCAGAGAAGAACUGGUGAAGCAACUGUUUGUGCUGAAGGAGCUGCUCAGUUCAUUACCUGCAGUUCUAAUGAACAAGCAUGAGCAGCAGCACACAGUGUGGCUUAAAGAACAGCUGGCUGGAAUCAUGAAGAAGCUGGAGGAAACGCUGGCAGCUAGCGAGAAGGAGAAGAUCUCCAACUUCAGGGAGCUGCGAGUGUCCAUGAGUAAGAACAUGUUGGACAUGGUUAUCAGCAGGGAGGAGCUCAGGCAGCAAACACUGCAUAGCACAAUCUGUGGUGCCCACCUACAGCUGCAAGAGUGCUUGCAGUCCAGACGGCAGGAGUUUGUGGCAUCACUGACAUCUCUGUCAGAGACACUGCUUCAACAGACCGAUGACCUGUUCUCAGUGUCAGCAUUGAAUGCAUCAUUAACCGACCAGCACAGUGAUGACACAGCUCUUACCAAGGAAGCAGGAGCGAAAACAAGAGAGGCAAUCCGGCCAUCAUCCUCCACUGCAGACGCACACACCAAGACACAGGAGGGGGUCAUCGAGCACAGAGAUGCUGCUUUGAAGCGGUUUGAAGAGCUGUUGAAGCAGGAGUUGUCGAACAUAGACGAUGACAAAAGAAGACGACUGAACCAAGAAGACCAAUGGAACGCGUACUGGAGAGGAGAAAUACAGGCUUUGAAAAACAUCCGUAAAAACCUCUCCUGAUGAAAAUGAGACAACAGCAAGUGUUUGGUUAAGUUUUCACUGACAGUUGUUCUUUAGAUAUUACGACUUUCCUGGCUUGAGUGUCGUGUCACAUUAUCCAACCACGAAUUGUCGCACUCAAACCCUCAUGUCAGUUUAAGGCAAAUUGAUUUUUGAAAACAGGUUUUAAAUAAAACUUGUCAUCGUUUGUUUGA